GUUAUGACUCACGCUCUCUCUCUCUCUUCCCGUCGAUCUUUCCUCUGCUCGGUGUCCGUUUCCUCUGAUAGCCGUCCCUGCUCGUCGCCGUCAACCAGUAGCCGCACGUCGCCGGGAGCAUCGCCAAGCUUCGUUUCCGACAGCCGCCGUUCCCUCUUCUCCGUCGCGCAGCGGUCGACCGAACAAUAGCUUGCAGCGGCGACUGUCACCUCCCUCCCUUUCCGCCGGCGUGCGCGAGCUCGAGGUAGCCGACGAGGGAAGCGCCGGCGACGCCAUCUCCCCUUAUCCGACGGUGCACGCGAGGUUUCCGACAGGAACAACGACGGUGACGGGUCGAGCAGCGGUGAUUUCUCCUUUCUCAGAUUCAAGUUUUCUUCGUCAAAUUUGAGACAAUACUGUGUCUGGAACAAGGUCCAAGUAAUCUUAACCAGAUAAUGAGUACAAAGAGGGGUGCUGAAAACAAUAAGCUAGACGAGGAAACUUUGCCCAAGAAGCAGAAGUUAGUAGAUCAUUCAUCUCAUUCAUUAUCUCCUGCUCAGCUUGCCUUUGAUAAUGCACUUCUUCCGCUUGCAUCAUAUGAUGACGAUGAUGAUGAGGAUGAUUGCAACAAAACCGAUCAGAAUUCUGUAUUAGGAAGAAUGGGGGGAAGUGAAAACACAGAUGAUGGUGAAGAGGAUGAUAAUGAAGAUGUGAGCGGCAAAGGAACUGCAGGUAGGCAGUAUCGAAUGGUUGAAGUGAGAAGGGACUGUCCUUACCUUGAUACAGUUAAUAGACAGGUUUUGGAUUUUGACUUUGAGAAGUUUUGUUCUGUCUCUCUCACAAAUUUAAACGUGUAUGCGUGUUUGGUUUGUGGGAAGUAUUACCAAGGAAGGGGACCGAAAUCUCAUGCCUAUACACAUAGUCUUGAAGCAGGGCACCAUGUUUACAUCAAUCUGCGGACAGAAAAGAUUUAUUGUCUUCCUGAUGGAUAUGAAAUUAUAGAUUCAUCACUUGAUGAUAUUCGACAUGUUCUGUAUCCUAGAUUUUCACAGAAACAAGUCGAAGAGUUUGAUAAGAAUACACAAUGGUCUAGAGCACUUGAUGGAUCUAAUUAUCUUCCUGGAACGGUGGGGCUGAAUAACAUUAAGGAGACUGAUUUUGUCAAUGUUACAAUUCAGUCUUUAAUGCGUGUGACUCCCUUGAGGAAUUUCUUUCUUAUCCCUGAAAAUUAUCAACACAUCAAAUCCCCACUGGUUCAUCGAUUUGGUGAGCUCACGCGAAAGAUAUGGCAUGCCAGGAACUUCAAAGGACAGGUCAGCCCACACGAGUUCUUGCAAGCUGUAAUGAAGUCAAGCAAAAAACGUUUCCGAAUUGGUGUGCAGUCUGAUCCUGUUGAGUUUAUGUCAUGGCUUCUUAAUACCCUCCAUGCCGAUCUGAGAACUUCAAAGAAAAGCAGCAGUAUUAUCUACAACUGCUUUCAGGGCGAGUUGGAGGUGGUGAAGGAGAUGCAUAGUAGACCUGUUGCGGAGACUAAUGGUGAUUCUGAAAAUAAGGCAAUCAAUUUUAUCACUGAAACAAGUAGAAUGCCUUUCUUGAUGCUAGGGCUUGAUUUACCACCACCUCCACUUUUCCAAGAUAUUCUGGAGAAAAACAUUAUUCCCCAGGUUCCAUUGUUCAAUAUACUUAAGAAGUUUGAUGGUGAGACUGUGACGGAAGUUGUGAGACCUCGUUUAGCAAGGAUGAGAUACCGUGUGACAAAACUGCCAAAGUAUCUAAUUCUCCACAUGCGCCGGUUCACGAAAAACAAUUUCUUUGUGGAGAAAAACCCUACUCUUGUGAAUUUCCCUGUGAAGAACCUAGAGCUGAAGGACUAUAUCCCACUUCCAUCACCACCCAAUGCAAAGGAAAAGUUGGGGUCCAAGUAUGACUUAAUUGCCAAUAUUGUGCAUGAUGGGAAGCCCGGGGAAGGAUCCUACCGGGCGUUUGUACAACGCAAGUCAGAAGGCCUAUGGUUCGAGAUGCAAGACUUGCAUGUCACAGAGACACUCUCACAUGUCGUUGCACUCUCGGAGGCAUAUAUGCAGAUCUAUGAGCAGCAGCAGCAACAGUAAUUUUACACCAAGCGGUUUGAAGUCUAAUUGGAGAACUGUGCGAUGUUCUUUACUGGUCGGAUUCUCGUUUAUGUUCUGAUAUCUAAAAGAAAUUACUCUUUGUUACUUCUUCUAACUAAGGCAUGUGAAGGAAGAAGGUUUUGUUGCGACACUUUGGAGUUUUCAUUCAGGUUUGCGCUUUUCCAAGCAGAUUUCAUUUAUAUUUUUAUUCUAGAUUUUAAAAUUUUGUUUUCUGAAAUCUAAUUCAAUGUCUA